AUGGAUGAUGAACAAUUCCAGUUUCUAUCUGGAAUCAUGAUUCAUCCUUUGGCAGGCAAAGUCAAGGAACUACCUUAUACGCCAAUGUCUGCAACAAGUGACAGACUGCAGAUGGAUGAGGACAGUGCAAUUGUUGAAUCAAAAAUCAGUCAAAUAAAAGACAUUUUCCCUGAUCAUGGAAAAGGUUUCUUGACUGCUUGUCUUGAAAUUUAUAACCAGAAUCCAGAAGAGGUGAUACAAAGGAUCCUUGAGGGAACCCUCCAUGAAGAUCUACAGACCUUGGACACUUCAUUGGAGAAGAUUCCACCGCCCAAGACUGCUUCAUCUUUGAGUAGGUAUGAUAAGGGGAAAGGGAAAUUAAUGGAGCCUACAACGGUGCCCUCUACAAUAAUGGUUCCUUUAGCAGGAGAGGAACAAGCUGAAGGACCUUCAUUUUCAUCCUCAUCUUCAGCUGGGAGAUAUGUCAGGAAGGCUUCGACCGACAUGCCUGAUUCUGAGACUCUUGAUUGUAGAGAUGAAAAGAAUUUGGCAAAGACUGCUUUUCUUAUUUCUCAACUCGAGUAUGAAGAUGAGUAUGACGACUCUUUUGAUGAUUUAGGACUUAGUGUUGGUGAUUCAGGACUGGAGGAAACUGAGUCACUGGGGGAGAAGCUAAACUUGAAUAGGGAGAGAUCACGUGAGACAUAUACAGGAAGCCCAGCUCCUAAUGCUUCUAAUUCAAAAUGGAACUCACGUAAAACACCCCAAUUCUAUGUCAAGGAUGGCAAGAACUACAGUUACAAAGUUGAGGGCUCAGUCGCUGUGGCAAAUUAUAAUGAAGCAUCAUUAGUGAAUGAAGCCCAGAAAGAACUGAUCCAUGGCCUUGGGCGUGGUGGUAAUCUGCCUUUAGGUGCAAUUAAAAGGCUGACCGAGACAAAUGAGGAACAGGACGAGGAGGCUGAUGUUAAUGAGAUGGGAGGGCGAGGUAAUCCAGGAGCUACAAGGGGUAGAGGAAGAAGGGGUGGGGCAAGCAAUCAUCACAGGAAAGAUCGAGCCUUGAGGAAGCAAAUUUCUGGGUUCAGUGGUCGUUAA